UUGUACAACUCUAGUCCGUCAUCAACCGUGAAGUGUGGCAAACAACACUAGCUCGGAGCUCCGGUAAAUUUCUUGCGGCGCAGUCGACUGUCAAAGUUCCAAAAAAAUACAAUUUUUUUGUGUUGUUCAUAAAAAACUUGUUAUUAUUGCGUUGUUAUUAGAAAUUGUGCUAUUUUCGUUUCAUUACAAUCGAAAAGUGUUGUGAAGUUACAAAAAAGUUCGAUAUAAAUGAGAAUAAUUAAUUCUCAUAACAUCGUAGCUCGUACAGUCGUGGUGCUUUUUGUUUAUUUUUAGACCAUUGAAUUUGCAGUCAUGUUAUCAAUGCGGUGGCGCUAAAAUGUCUCAAAGGGAUACUGCGAUUCAUCUUGUGGCUGGAGGUAUUGCUGGCACUGCGGGUGCAGUGGUAACAUGUCCGCUCGAGGUGGUCAAGACACGACUCCAGUCGUCCAAAGGUGUGGGUCUACCUCCUCCACCCCCAUCCAGUGCAUCGAACACAAAACGAGUCUGCUCUAAGAUACCCAAACAUCAGGAGGGCAAAUGGGGCUACACGCGCACGAUGGGCGCGAUGUUCGCCCACAGCAAGCAGGCCGAUCGUAUGCUGAUGUCGUACACUUGCCAGGUGCAGCCGUACGCGCGGGCCGGCCAAGCGCGAGCCGCGCCCCGCAUGAGCCUCAUACAGUGCAUCAGGCACAUAGUUAAGAAUGAAGGCGCUCGCGCUCUGUUCAAAGGCCUGGGGCCGAACAUAGUGGGCGUGGCCCCGUCGCGCGCCAUCUACUUCUGCACUUACUCGCAGGCCAAGGCCAUACUCAACCAGCGACUGCCGCCCGACACGCCCAUCGUGCAUCUCUCCGCCGCCAGCGCCGCAGGUUUCGUAUCGUGCACCAUGACGAAUCCUAUCUGGUUCGUGAAGACGAGACUUCAGCUGGACGGAGCUAAUGUGACUGCUGUGCAGUGCAUAAAGCGGAUAUACACCACUACGGGUAUCCGCGGCUUCUACAAAGGUAUAACCGCCUCGUACAUGGGCAUCAGCGAGACGGUCGUCCACUUCGUGUUGUACGAGGGGGUGAAGGCGCGGCUGGCGGCGCGCGACGGGCCCAACGCGGAGCGGAGACCACGAGACUUCCUCGAGUUCAUGGCGGCCGGCGCCUUCUCCAAGACGGUGGCGUCGUGUAUUGCUUAUCCGCACGAGGUGGCUCGGACUCGUCUCCGCGAGGAGGGUGACAAGUACCGCAAGUUCUGGCAGACGCUGCACACAGUCUGGCUGGAGGAGGGAUACCGUGGGGUCUAUAGGGGUUUAGGCACUCAGCUGGUCCGUCAAAUCCCGAACACAGCGAUCAUGAUGUCAACAUACGAGGCGGUGGUCUACCUCCUGACAACACACUUCAAUAGCUCCUUCUACGAGAACACUUAGCACACACACGGCGAACCUGUGAUUUCCGUAGCGUAGACAUGUAAACUCAGCCAAAAGGCUGUGGACAACGAUGAAAAUUUGACUGAAAUUAUUACAGAGGGUGCACUCGACGGAAACUUUUUACUAUUGCGUCGUAUUUUACUUAUGUUCUAAACGCGGAAUGUAGUAUGUACAGAACGCUAUGUUCGUUAGUCCAGUAGUAAUAGCUCAAGUCAGUAAAAAUAUUAUAUUUAUGUUGUUGAAGGCAGAAAUGCUAAUCCGCCUUAUGUAAAUAGCUUGAGUUUACAAUGUAGGUAUAUAGUCCAAACCGCGAGAGUGACAAAACUUCAGGUGUGGAAUUUUGUGACCAGAUUCGUGGCUUAGACCAUAGUCAUUUGGAACUAUGUCAUAAUUGAUUUUUUAUAGACUGUAGAUGCUGUUAUUCUUAGUAAGACUGUUUAAUAAUUUGUUAAUGUUUAUUGUGCCACUAUUAGGAGAUAUAAGUAGAAUAUGUCAAUGCCCUGGAUAGAUAAAGGGUCUGUAAGAGGUUUUAUAAAAUUACCAACAAAUAAUUAUUUUAUGCGGUUGUAUACAAAGGAUUGAUGCAAAUAUGGGAGCAUGUUACGGAGAUGAAU